UACAUCCUUCCACCUUGUUCGGGGUCUUCCUAAAGAUCUUAAAAAGGCCCGUAAAAAUCGUGCAAAGGCAACUAAAUAUGCACAACUGCGAUUAUCUUCUUAUCAAAUAUUAAUGGUGGUGGGAGUUAUGUUCAUAGAUAAUUUUAGAAAUGUCAACAAUCAUCAAACAUUAAAUUAUGAACAUUUAUUAGCAAAGUCAAUUUACUCUGUAUUGGUAAUUUUUAUUUUUAUACCAAUUUGUGAGUCAGUGGCUUAGGAUCCAUAGGUAUCGUAAAAGAAUUAAAAUGUCACAGUUUGGAAGGGUAAAGCAAUGGAACACAUUUGCGCGUUGUUGGCAUCUGUUCGACGCGACUUGGCAAAAUCCUUUACAGUGUUCUCCAUUGAUUGAAAAGUAUUUAAAAGGACUGCACAAACCGAUUUAUCAUCCAUUUGUCGAUUGUGGUGAUCAUGUUGUAAUUAUGAACAGUAAGCAAAUUGCAUUUCCUGGUGAAGAAUGGCGUCGUCGUGUUUAUUUUCACCACACUGGAUAUUCAGGUGGAGCAUCAUGGACUCCAGCUUGGGAGUUACAUGAAAAAGAUCCAACUAUGAUAUUCAGAAAAGCUGUUUAUCAUUACAUGAAAGGUAACUUAUUUAGAAGAGUAGUUAUGGAACGUUUACAUAUUUACCCAGAUUCUAAUGUACCAGAAGAGAUUAUGGAAAAUAUUACAAACCAAAUACAGCCAUUACGACCUAUACCCAAAACACUGGAUUCUUAUAGUAAUGAAGAAAUAGAAAAAUAUCCAAAAAUUAUUGACUAUCCCCAAGACUAUCUGCUGUCAAAAUAAAAAAUAUAUGUAUAUUAUUAUUUUCAAUUAGACUGUAAUUAGUGUACACUAUACAAUGUGAAGACAUGAUUUAAAAAUGUUUGUUUAUUGAAUAUUGCAUUUUUUAAAUUAA